AACGCACACGCUCGACCUCCUCAACAAAACUCUUCAAGAAACCAGCCUCGAUCUCCGGCCUAUGCUUGGUAUACUACGGAAGUUUCAGCGGGACACAGCAUGCAACACAUGCGUCGACGACCGUCCCCCGCCGCUGACUGCGCUAGACGCGGCCGUGCGGUUGCCGUGGCGCGGCGUGGAGCUGCCGCAGCUGUACGCUUGGCCGAAUGGACGACUUGGCAACCUCAUGGGCGAGUACGCGACACUCUUCGCCCUCCACAAAAUCUACAACGUCACGGUUGCCAUCACUCCAGCCUUCUACCGAGAACUACAACCUUAUUUCAAGAAGCUCUCCAUACCAGUAAUCAAGAAGUUCAGGACGCGUGACUGGCUUGACGUGCGCCGGGACUUCGAUGGCGCCGCGUUCACAUACAAGACUUCGCACCUUGCCGCCUCCGGGUUGCUGGGCCCGCAUCGUUUCCUGCUGCGGGACUAUCCAUUCGAGGUGGGCUUGUUCAACGCCUUUCGCGAUGAAGUUCUGCAAGAGUUCACAUUCAGCGACGAAAUUGUCAAAAAGGCUCGGCUUCGCCUUGAGAACCUAACCUACAACCACACGCAGCCCGUCACGCUGGUCGGAGUGCACGUGCGGCUAACUGACUACGUCGACUUCAUGACGCAAACCUUCCACACGAAGCAUCUGCUGGCAAGUUAUGCACGUUACCUGCGGCGUUCAACCAAUUAUUUUUUAGAACGUUACCCUAACGUUAUCUUUGUGGUGGCGUCAGACAACAUGAAAAGAGCUCAUAAUAUAUUUUAUAAAUACGUCAGAGUGAGAAGCGUAUUAUUUGAAGGCGGAGGUUCAGCAGCGGAGGACAUGAGCCUGUUAGCGCAGUGCGACCACCACAUUAUAACCCUGGGCUCGUUCGGCUUCUGGACGGCAUACCUUGGAAGAGGAGUGGCCGUGUAUCCAUUCCUCUCAUCCAGUACUUACCCCUUCACCAAGCCCGUCUACGACGCAGCGAGACUCAAUAAUUUCGUUGCUAUUCCUUUCGAAGAUCCGCUAACCUAACGAGAUACGUAUUCCAAGACGGCGUCUAGUGGGGGAAUUACUUCUGAACCUAAUCAUAAUAGUUAAUAAAAUAAACUUGACUAGACGCAGCGUGACUGACCACAUUUAUUGCCAUUCCUUUCAAAGAUCUAACCUUCCGAGAUACGCAUUCAAAACAGCGUCUAUUGGAGGAAUAAUAGCUUCUACACAGCCAGCUGAUCGUAAUCGUGAAUAGAGAGAAGUGUCUAGACUAGACUUUGUUGUCUUUCCUUUCCAAGAUCACCUAA